GGAGGUAAGGUCGUGUUGGACAUAAAUAGCAGCUGCACUCUAUGGAAAACCGGUUUACAUAGAAUGCUGUGACGUGUGUAUCAGUGCAUUUCGAGAGAGUUUGGUGUGUAGACGAGUUUUCUUUAAAUGCCAAACACACAUUUCAUUUAACAUAUAAACAUAUAUAUGAAAUGUCGCUCGACAAUCAUUUCCACAAAAUCAGACACUACUAUCCCGGAAUUCUGACCAAUGUGCGGCAUGUCUUAUCAAGUGGCAAAUGCACCUCGCCUGAGCACACCAUGACGCUCUCGCAAAUACGUGCUGGCUACAGGGAACUAACAAACGAGACAUUUCCCAACAUGGGCGAUCCACGCCUUGAGCUCUGUUUCCUGCUCUCGGCGCCAUACAUCGCUUGUUUUUCCAACAAGCACGGCACAUUCCACUUUUACAUCGUGCCGCACGCGGAUAACUGACAGAAUCUUUAAAUUUAGUGUUGAUGUGCAAUUUAGUUAAAUAGUUACAA